UUUCCUCUUUCUCCCCCUUAUGAACAGGAGCAGCAACAGCAAGCAGCAGCGACACAACAAAAACAACAUUCGUUGAAAUUCAUUAGCGUCAAUGAAGUCACGACAAGUGUUGCACCAUCGCAAAUACCGUACGGCAAAUUGCAAGGUUUGCAUCAUCACGACGCACGGAAGUGGCGCGAAUUCUUCGUCGCACUGGAACCCUUUCAACGGCAAUGCGCCACGGCGGGCCAACGGCUAGUGGCCGCCAUGAGUGACAUACGCUCCGCCGACCUACAGGGUUUACCCACACGUCGCCAAUUGUAUGCGCAACAUCGCGCGCUAAGCCGCGCGCUUAUGGAUUCUGAAUUACAUAAUUUGCGCAAGCGUGGCGCUUUACAGCUAGCGCGUUUGCAGGAGCUGGCCAAAUCGUUCGCGCUGGUUGCAGCAACCACAACUGACGCUGGCGAAAAUAGCCAUAAUCAUAAUGGCAACAUUUAUGGCAGCAGCUCUGGAGCCGGUGGUGCAGGCAACAACAAUCGCCACAGCAGCAGCAACAAGCUAUUGUCCACCAUUUCAUCCAUCAGCCAUCUCGGCUUUGGUGGCAGUUAUAACUUUAGCAUGACACAUCAACAGCAGCAACAACAGACGUCACAAAAUCGCCCCGCUGCGUUAAAGUACAGCUCAAUGACGUCAUGCGAUGCCAUCAGGCGACCAACAGUAGCGGCCAACGCGACGGCAGCUAAUAAUGCUGUUGCGGUAGAUAACUGUAGUACAGCAGGCAACGCGAAUGUUGCAAUUAGACUGCACAAAGUGACAUUACUAUUCAAUGAGGUCGAUCGCGCGGCCAAGCGGCUGGAGCAGCUCACGGAGCAGCGUCGUGAGCGCUUGCGUGAAUUGACGCGUCAGCGAGCGCUGGAGGAUGAAAUUAACGAGAAUUGGCUUCAUGUCUACAAGGCGCUCAUACUGUUGGAGUAUUUAAUCAAAACUGGCACCGAGAAAGUGGUCAACAGUGCAAAUUAAUAUUUUCCAUACACAAAACUGGUGAAUUCGUGUACUUUGAGCAGUUAAGACCUGGCACGCAUCUGCGCAAAAAGGCUAAGCAGCUGGUGAAUUUAUUGAAAGAAUUGAUGUGCGUCUACAACUUGCGCUGAGCCAGAGCGAACAAGAUUUCAAAGAUCAAACGGUUCCAGCUGCCGGUGCCUAAAGAGGAAGAGUCACAAUCACAUCUGUUAGAAUUGCUGAACAUUUCUCUGCUCGCCACGAGUAUUUUAAGUCCACCAUUGGGCGCCACACAAUUUACUGAAAUCAUUUUGUAUCUUCAACACAGCAUCACUACUCGAUGAAAUGGAUCCUCUGUCUGCAACGAAUUCAUCGCUCAAUGCAUCAUCAACGAAUACGAACAAAAAACUGAAAACACCGCAAUCAUUUUUAGGUGAAAAUUCGUCAUAAGUUUUGUUGAAUAAUCUAAUAAAGCCCGUGCAAACGCAGUCACAAGCUGGCAGUGCUGCCUACAAUCCAUUUAGCGAUACUGUUAUACCAUCAAAAACAAAUCUAUUCCUACAACAACAGCCUGAGGUACCGCCCAUUAACCAGCUCAAACAGCGAAAGAGUUUUGCUAUGACUAUGAAUCAGGAUCUCCACUAAUGCGUCUCAGG